AUGAAUAAAAAACCAAUUAUUAGUGGUGAAUUGAAUACAAAUGAAACGAAUAAUAUUAAUCAAAGUGAAUUGAAUACAAAUAAAACGAAUAAUAUUAAUCAAGUAAAUAAUGUUAUACAAAUAAAAUUUGAAAAUUAUGACAAACAAAACAACUUUCAAGAUUAUAUUGAAUAUAUAGAUGAUGUGUUGGAGGUAAGAGAACUUAAUUAUGAGGAGAUAAUUGAAGUGGGUAAAAAAGUAUUUAAGCUUAUUUCAACGUUAUUCAGCUUGAGAAUUAAGCUUAUUCGGAUAGAAAGAGGAGAUGGUGAAGCAGUUGUUGAGUUUGCAGACCGACUUAAAAAAUUGGCACAAGAGUGUAAAUUUGAAUCUGACCUGGAUGGGAGAUUGAGGGAUCAGAUGGUGGCUGGAAUCAAAAUGGGUGCAUUGGAGAAAGAUAUUCGCACCAGAUUUCCAGAUGGAAUAAAUGACAUGGGAGAAAGGGUGAGUUUUCAAGAGGUUUUAAAUAUGGCUUUGGCAAUGGAAAAGGCUGAGGAUGAAAAAAAGGAAAUUUUAGUUAUUACAAUAAUAACUGCAGUCUAUCGUUUAGACCUUCAUCUACCCAAUCAACAUAUAAUCCUUUUUCAAUCAAAUACUGAUAUAAAUAAUAUCUUAACUAAAAAUCCUGUGGAUAAAACGAGGGGUGGUGAUAAAGUUAUAGGCCGUAUACGCACAGUUUAUCCUAAAGAGGGUGAGGUUUUUUAUUUAAGACUAUUACUUAAUUAUGUUACUGGGCCUACAUGCUUUGAAGAUCUACGCUCUUUUAAUGGAAUUAUCAGUAACACUUUUAAAGAUGCAUGUAUUCGACGUGGUCUGUUAUCAGAUGAUGCGGAAUGGAACCAUUGUUUAGAGGAAGGUCUUUCAUUUAAGAUGCCAAAUCAAUUGCGCCAGUUAUUUUCUGUUAUUUUAUUACAUUGUGAGCCGAGAGAUCCUCUAGGUCUAUGGAAUUAUUUUAAAUUUUAUCUUUGUGAAGAUUUUUCCAAGAAAAUAUCACCAGAGCCGGAUAACCUUAUCACCGAAAAUCUCGCGCUAUGCCACAUCAAUCAAAUUUUGAUUCAAAAUGGUAAAUCUCUUAAGGAUUUUUUGGGAAUGCCUAUCCCUUUAUUAUCCACCCAAUCUCCAUCUGCUACAGCUAAUAUUAUGUGUCACCUUAUUCGGGAGGAAAUAUCCUACGAUACUGAUGAUAUAGCUCAAGGUAAAAUUGCUAUAGCUGUUGCAUCUUCUGGCAUUGCUUCAACUCUUCUUCAUAAUGGCCUUACUGCACAUUCACGUUUCAACAACCCCUUAAGUAUUCAUGAAAGUUCCUCAUGUAAUAUUCCUUACCAAAGCCAAAUAGUUGAAUUGAUAAGACAAUCGGUAAUUAUAAUAUGGGACGAAAUAUCAAUGACUCAUAAACAUAUAUUCGAGGCCGUGGAUAGGUCAUUUCAGGAUAUAAUGAAAUUAGACAAACCGUUUGGUGGUAAAAUUAUUAUUUUUGGCGGAGAUUUUAGACAGAUUUUACCUGUUAUUAAACGUGGUGGAAGAUGCGAAAUUGUUAACUCAACCUUAAAACGAUCCUAUUUAUGGUCACAUAUAGUGCCAUUAAGAGUUGGUGAAGGCUGUGAAACAUUCGAUGGCUCCAGGGAUAAAAUAAAAAUUCCUCAAGAUUGUUGUAUAGCUUCCAAUGAUAUCGAGGAUCUUAUUGCUUUUGUUUAUGAUAUAGACAAAUACAAUUCAUCAUUUAACCGAACAUCAUUUGCUCAAAAUGCAAUCCUGACCCCUAAAAACGUAGUCAAUUCUAUAAAUAUUAAAUUGAUUAACAAAAUUCCGGGGGAUUUAAUUACAUACAUAAGUGCUGAUGAAACCAUAACCGAGGAUGAAGCGACGUUUUAUCCCACUGAAUUUUUAAACUCUUUAAGUAUAUCAGGAUUACCACCUCACAAACUUUUACUCAAAGUCGGGGUACCUAUAAUAUUAAUGCGUAACUUAAAUUCUGCUUCUGGUUUGAAUAAUAGGACUAAAUUGAUUAUAACUUCUUUGCUACCAAAUAUAAUUGAGGCGGAAUUUGUUUCUAGUAGUUUUCUCAGUACUAAAGUUCUCAUUCCAAGAAUAAGUUUAAUUCCUACAGAUUCUGGCUUGCCAUUUUCCUUUAAGCACCGCCAAUUUCCCGUGAGACCUGCUUUUGUCAUGACAAUUAAUAAAGCUCAGGGACAAACGUUGAACAAAGUUGGCAUCUAUUUACCUCAUCCUGUUUUUUCACAUGGACAGCUAUAUGUGGCUAUGUCUCGAGUUUGUUCUCCUCAUAAAUUAAAGAUUAUAACCAAUGAUAAAACAAAGACUACAACCAAUGUGGUAUAUCAUGAGGUUAUAUCCGAUUAA